AUGACAUCAGAGAUAAGCUCGCACGAGCUGAGGGAGAAGGAUGAACCAUCGCCACCUCCUACCGGAGAUGCAUCAACUCUCGAAGAUUCUCCUAUGGCAUUCAUCGACCAAGUCGAUGUUGAGACCCUCACCAGAAUAGCUACCCAGCGGUCACGCCGACAAUCCACCCUUGGAACCUCAGAUAACCUAGCAGUCCUCGCUCAACAAGAUCCAUCUCUCGACCCCCAAUCUGGAAAGUUCGACUUGCAAAAAUGGCUCAAGGCGGCUUUCAACGAUCUCAACCGCGACGGUGACCACUCGGGACAUUCAUCGGAUGUCAUUUUCAAACAACUCAAUGUAUAUGGAUCGGGCGCUGCGCUGCAGUUCCAAGAUACAGUCACAUCGACCCUGACUGCCCCUUUCCGGUUGCCUCAAAUCAUUCGUGAAUCUCACUCUCCCCAAAGGCGAAUUCUCAAGGAUUUUAAUGGCCUUUUGAAAAAUGGGGAGCUGUUGCUUGUGCUUGGUCGGCCAGGUGCCGGCUGCAGUACACUUCUGAAGUCCAUGACUGGAGAGCUGCAUGGUCUGAAUAUGGAUAAGGAGAGUGUCAUCCAUUACAAUGGAAUUCCCCAAUCUCGCAUGAUCAAAGAGUUCAAGGGCGAACUAGUAUACAACCAAGAGGUUGACAGACACUUCCCCAAUUUGACCGUCGGUCAGACUCUGGAGUUUGCGGCUGCAACACGAACUCCCGCUCGUCGGUUCCAAGACAUGUCACGCAAAGAAUUUUCCAAAUACAUGGCUCAGAUCAUCAUGGCUGUCUUUGGAUUGAGUCACACAUAUAACACGCGCGUCGGUGACGAUUUCAUCCGUGGUGUUUCGGGUGGUGAGCGAAAGCGUGUCAGUAUUGCAGAGAUGGCUGUAGCCCAUGCUCCAAUCGCUGCCUGGGACAACUCUACCCGAGGGUUGGAUUCCGCCACGGCAUUGAAGUUUGUUGAGGCUUUACGACUGUCCGCUAAUAUCACUGGCUCAUGCCAUGCCGUCGCUGCUUAUCAGGCAAGUCAAAGCAUCUACGACGUAUUUGACAAGGUGAUUGUACUUUACGAAGGCCACCAAAUCUUCUUCGGACGUGCUGCCGCAGCCAAGUCCUACUUUGAGAACCAAGGCUGGGAUUGUCCGACUCGACAGACCACUGGAGAUUUCCUCACCUCUAUCACAAAUACUCAAGAGCGGAAAGCCAAGCCCGGCAUGGAAAAUCGUGUUCCCCGUACACCGGAGGACUUUGAGGCUGCAUGGCUCAAGUCACCUCAAUACAAGCAAUUGCUGAAUGACAUUGCUGAAUAUGAAGGACAAAAUCCCGUUGGACAUGAUGUGCAAGCCGUGGCUGAUCUCCAGCAAUGGAAGCGUGGCGCCCAGGCCAAACACACCCGGCCCACGUCCCCAUAUAUCAUCAGUGUUCCUAUGCAAAUUAAACUUAACACCGUUCGUGCCUAUCAACGACUCUGGAACGAUGCCGCUGCAACUAUAUCUACGAUCGUUACUAAUAUUAUCAUGGCUCUGAUCAUCGGAUCAGUCUUCUAUGGGACUCCGGAUGCAACUGCAGGCUUUACGUCCAAGGGUGCAACUCUAUUCUUUGCUGUCCUUCUCAAUGCCCUCACCGCAAUGUCCGAAAUCAACAGUCUCUACUCGCAACGCCCAAUUGUCGAAAAGCAUAACUCCUUUGCCUUUUAUCAUCCUGCCACGGAAGCCAUUGCUGGUGUGCUCAGUGAUAUACCAGUCAAGUUUGCAUUGUCUGUCGUGUUCAACAUCAUCCUAUACUUCCUGGCCGGUCUGAAACGAGAAGCAUCCAACUUCUUCCUCUACUUCCUCAUCACAUUCAUUAUCACGUUCGUCAUGAGUGCAGUCUUCCGCACAUUGGCCGCCAUCACCAAAACCAUUUCACAGGCAAUGGGUCUAGCAGGUGUCAUGAUUCUGAUCCUCGUUGUUUACACCGGUUUUGUCCUCCCUGUUCCAUCUAUGCAUCCGUGGUUCGAAUGGCUUCAUUAUCUCAAUCCUAUCUACUACGCCUUCGAGAUCCUGAUCGCCAACGAGUUCCAUGCUCGCGAGUUCCCUUGCUCGUCCUAUGUUCCCUCCUACGCCGACCUAUCAGGCAACGCCUUCAGUUGCACUGCGGCUGGCUCCGUGGCAGGCUCUACAACAGUCAAUGGUGACCGGUAUAUUGAAUUAAAUUACUCUUACAGUUACACCCAUGUCUGGCGAAACUUUGGUAUCCUGAUAGCCUUCUUGGUCGGUUUCAUGGUGAUCUACUUUGUCGCAAGCGAGCUGAACUCUGCUACUACAAGCACCGCCGAGGCUCUGGUCUUCCGUCGCGGUCACGAGCCUGCCAGAUUCCGCCAGGGCAACAAGUCCGGGUCCGAUGUCGAAAGUACCGAGGCAUCUAAAUCCCAUGCUGCUGCGGAUACAGAAGACAAGGGAAUGGGUGCUAUGGAGGCUCAGACCGAUACCUUCACUUGGCGCGAUGUGUGCUAUGAUAUCGAGAUUAAGGGCGAGCCACGUCGUCUCUUAGAUCAUGUUUCCGGAUGGGUCAAGCCUGGAACCCUCACUGCACUGAUGGGUGUCAGUGGCGCUGGUAAGACGACUUUGCUUGACGUAUUGGCGCACCGCACAUCAAUGGGUGUUAUCACUGGCGAUAUGUUUGUCAAUGGCCGUGAAUUGGAUGAGAGUUUCCAGCGGAAGACAGGUUAUGUUCAACAGCAGGAUCUGCACCUCGAUACUGCUACUGUGCGUGAGUCUCUACGAUUCUCUGCCAUGUUGCGUCAGCCAGCCUCCGUCUCGGUUAAGGAGAAGUACGACUAUGUCGAGGAUGUGAUCAAAAUGUUGAAGAUGGAGGAGUUUGCGGAAGCCAUUGUCGGUGUCCCUGGUGAGGGUCUGAACGUUGAGCAGCGCAAGCUUGGUCUCGACUCUCAAAGCUCCUGGGCUAUCUGUUCAUUCCUUCGCAAGCUUGCCGAGCAUGGUCAAGCAGUUCUUUGCACGAUCCAUCAACCCAGCGCCAUGCUCUUCCAACAAUUCGAUCAGCUACUGUUCCUCGCCCGAGGCGGUAAGACUGUUUACUUUGGUCCGGUCGGAGAGAACUCCAGCACAAUGCUCGAGUACUUCGAAUCUAACGGUGCGCGUAAGUGUGAUGAUAGCGAGAAUCCAGCUGAAUACAUGCUGGGCAUUGUCAAUGCUGGUAAGAAUGACAAGGGCCAGGACUGGUUCGAUGUGUGGAAGCAGAGCAACGAGAGCACACAGGUUCAAACUGAGCUCGAGCGAAUUCAUCACGAAAAGUCAAACGAGUCCUCUGCCGUUGAUGAUGCAUCCCAAGGUCACUCUGAAUUCGCCAUGCCAUUCUGGUUCCAAUUGACCCAGGUCACAUACCGUGUGUUCCAGCAAUACUGGCGCAUGCCAGCCUACAUUCUGGCCAAAUGGGGACUUGGAAUUGUCUCUGGUCUAUUCAUUGGUUUCUCUUUCUACGGUGCGAAAACGUCGCUGCAAGGCAUGCAGACCGUCAUCUACUCUCUUUUCAUGAUUUGUACAAUCUUCUCUUCAUUGGCACAACAGAUCAUGCCCGUGUUCGUCAGCCAGCGAUCGCUCUACGAGGGACGUGAACGUCCCAGCAAGUCUUACUCCUGGAAAGCUUUCCUCAUCGCAAACGUCAUUGUGGAGAUCCCCUUCAUGAUCGUCAUGGGUAUAUUGACCUAUGCUUCCUACUUCUAUGCUGUCGUUGGAAUUCCCGACUCGGCAACCCAGGGAACCGUCCUUCUUUUCUGCAUUGUCUUCUUCAUCUACGCCAGCACCUUCACCCACAUGGUCAUUGCUGGUCUCCCAGACGAAACAACCGCCAGUGCAGUAGUCGUUCUUCUCUUCGCGAUGUCUCUUACUUUCUGUGGUGUGAUGCAGCCCCCAUCUGCCCUUCCCGGCUUCUGGAUCUUCAUGUACCGUGUCUCGCCAUUCACAUACUGGAUCGGUGGCAUGGCUGGAACACAGCUUCACAAUCGCCAGGUGGUAUGUUCGACCUCCGAACUGGCCAUCUUCGAUCCUCCCUCCGGCCAGACUUGCGGACAGUACCUCAUGAAGUAUGUCACCGCCGCUGGUGGUCAGUUGCUCAACCCCGAGGCUACGAGUGAUUGCAGUUACUGCUCUCUCAAAGUCGCAGAUCAGUACCUGAGCACGGCCGGUAUCUCCUAUUCUGACAGAUGGCGCAACUUCGGUAUCAUGUGGGCUUUCAUUGCUUUCAAUAUUUUCAUAGCUACUCUCAUGUACUACCUCAUCCGUGUGAAGCGGUGGAGCAGUGCGGAUAUGAAGGAAUCAGUGAAUAAACUCAUUCCUGGAAAGAAGUCGAAGGGUGGCAACUAA